AUGGUAUCCACAGGAUUAUUCCCACCUAUCAAAAACUCUGAAAAUGCACUAAAACCAUAUCUCACGAGGAAGGAGGAACUCUCACUAAUGCAGGACUGUCUGAUUGGGGGACAAUGGGUCAUUGUUCCACCGAAUCUGAGACAACAAGUUUUGGAGGAUUUACACACAGGACAUCCAGGUGUAGUAGAAAUGAAGGCUCUGGCACGUAGCUACAUUUGGUGGCCAAAUAUCGAUUCACAAAUUGAAGAAAAAUCAAAGACCUGCAUCUCUUAUCAACAGAAUCAAAAAACUCCAUGUCUCUCACCUUUACACCCCUGGACAUGGCCAGAAGCUCCUUGGCAGCGGAUUCACAUCGAUUUUGCAGGACCAUUUGAUGGACGAAUGUUUCUAGUAGUUGUGGACGCACACUCAAAAUCGCCAGAAGUUUAUGUGAUGGAUUCUACAACAUCAUUGAAGACAAUUCAAUUUCUGUGUGGUCUGUUCAGUCGCUACAGUAUUCCUAAGACCGUAGUUAACAAUGGGCCGCAAUUUACUUCAGAGGAUUUUGGAUAUUUUCUGAAAACAAAUGGUGUAAAAUAUCUGCACUCAGAACCUUUCCAUCCAGCCACCAACGGUCUGGCCGAGCGUUUCAUACAGACUUUUAAACACUCACUGAAAGCAUCCAAAGAACCAAUACCACUACAACAGAGAUUAGACUCUUACUUGUUACAUCUGCAGUGUUGCGAGUAA